AUGGAGAAUUACGAAAAGAUUGAAAAGAUCGGAGAGGGUACCUACGGUGUCGUCUACAAGGCAAGAGACCUCAACCACAAUCGUAUCGUCGCCCUGAAAAAAAUCCGUCUCGAAGCCGAAGAUGAGGGCGUACCCAGCACCGCAAUCCGAGAAAUCUCCCUACUGAAAGAAAUGAACGACCCCAACAUCGUUCGUCUAUUCGAUAUUGUGCACGCAGAUGGUCACAAGCUCUACCUCGUUUUCGAGUUCCUCGAUCUCGACCUCAAAAAGUACAUGGAGGCUCUCCCCGUCAGCGAGGGUGGUCGUGGAAAGGCCUUGCCGAAUGGAUCACACAUCAACAUGAACCAGCUCGGUCUAGGAGAGGCUAUGGUCAAGAAAUUCAUGGCACAACUCGUGGAAGGCGUUCGUUACUGCCAUAGCCACAGAAUUCUUCACCGUGAUUUGAAGCCACAGAAUUUGCUUAUUGACCGGGAGGGUAACCUUAAAUUGGCGGAUUUCGGUCUUGCCAGAGCGUUCGGUGUUCCUUUGCGCACCUACACACACGAGGUUGUAACAUUGUGGUACCGAUCUCCCGAAAUUCUUCUCGGUGGACGUCAGUACUCCACUGGCGUCGAUAUGUGGUCUGUUGGAGCUAUUUUCGCCGAGAUGUGUACUCGCAAACCGCUCUUCCCGGGUGACUCUGAGAUUGAUGAGAUCUUCAAAAUCUUCCGAUUGCUCGGAACUCCAGACGAAAACACCUGGCCCGGUGUUUCCUCAUUCCCUGACUUCAAGUCUUCAUUUCCCAAAUGGCGACGCAACAUGGGUACACCUCUGGUAACAGGACUAGAGCCUGCGGGUCUAGAGCUUCUUGAAAUGCUUCUAGAAUACGAUCCAGCGCGUCGUAUCUCAGCCAAGCAAGCCUGCGCUCACCCCUACUUCGCACAAGGCAGCGAAUACUAUUCUGGCCGAACUCGUGUCCGUUAG